CACGCAGCUUGGCUUAAACUUACAUUGUUAUCCUAGUUCACAACAUCGCUCGGGGUCUCCACAACUUCGCCGAACAAAACACAUUCGCUACGUGACGUUGUUAGAACACAAUCCUCAUCCUCCCACUCGCGCCAGGACAACUGAGAAACUCCGAAACUUGAAACUCCAUCGAAAAACGCAAACCCCCGUUGCCACGCCCCUUGAAUCCAGUACGCCCCCCACCAGGACAACAAUGGGAGUGCCACGGAGGCAGGGAACUGGAAUUGGAGUUGGCAGUGGAAGUGGAAGUGGACACAGGUGGCUCUUGGUUUGGAUGACGGUGUUCCUCCUGGUCGUUCCAUCGCAUCUGGUCGAUGGACGUUACCUGCCGACAAGGUCGCAUGGCGACGAUUUGGACAAGUUGCGUGAACUGAUGCUGCAGAUUUUGGAGUUGAGCAAUGAGGACCCACAGCAGCAGCAGCAGCCGCAGCAACAACAGCAGCAGCAGCAACACCCACAGCUGCGUCUCCACAAUGAGGCCACCGUUGGAAGCAGCAGCAGCAACAGUAACAUCAACAAUCCACGCGUGUCCAACGGCAACUCCAAUGCCGCCUGGCUGCAGAAACUGAGUGCCAUGGGUGCCCUGGACGAGUUGGGCGGAGAUGGCGUCCGAUUCGGACCCAACUAUGGGCGUUAUUAAGCCAUCUGGACCAUCGGGAACACCUGACGACAACAGCCACCACGACUAUGGACACGGAAACUAGGGGCCGGGGGAAGCCAUGUUGCGAACGAAAAUGUUUCGAGUCCGGAAAAGGGGAAAUGUUCACAGGAUUAAAAUCCAAUUGAAACGAAAGCAGAGUGCGUGAAAAGGGACAAAUAAAUGGUGCAAAGGAUUGUCCUGAAAUUCGCUUUGAAGCACUUUGAAUGAGCUGUGCCAUUUCGGAAUGUUGUGAAGGACACUUUGCAAAAUCACUUUCAAAUGCUUGAGACCUUUUAUAAAAUUGUAUGAGAGAACCUUUUUGAUUCUUGCAUAUGCAAAAGCUACUCACAAAUGUUGAUUUGAUUAAACUCUCUUUAUAUUAAUUGCAUUACUUGUUAUUACUCACAGUGUCUUCUUAUAAGUACAAUGCAAUAUGUUUUAAAUGUGAGUUCUUAAAACUGUACAACAAUUUUUGCAUAACACUACAUCUUCAGCAGGGAAGUGCGUCUCAAGUACACACUUUUGACAUGUUUUCAUUUAAUUCAAAAAGUUUGAACAUGGUUUUUCCCCUACCCCGAACUGAAUUACACUUACUGGUUUAGAAUGCAAAACGAUAAACAGAAGACGAA